CAUUUCCGUGCCGUCAGUGAAGGCACCAGCAGGACCCAGGGUGUGUGCAGUCAGUCAAGCUGACAGAGGGAGACAGGGAGAGGGAAACACGGGGAACAUCUGUGCCUGGUUCAGCCGUGUCCGUCUUCGGUCUCCUCGGGUCUCUCUGCGGUGGUCGGACCGGAUCAUGGACCGGUCUAUGAGCUAGUUCCCGAGGAAAACACGGACCGACCCCAGGAGCUAAACCUGCAGGUGGAGCCUCCAUCAUCUUCACCAUCAUCUCCGCCAGUUCCGACCAGAGGAGCCCGAGCAGAGCAGCGCAGCGAGGAUGCAGACCUUCCUGAGGGGUCGCCGGGUGGGCUACUGGCUCAGCGAGAAGAAGAUGAAGAAGCUGAACUUCCAGGCCUUCGCGGAUCUCUGCAGGAAAAGGGGAAUAGAAGUUGUACAGCUGGACCUCAGCCAGCCUCUGGAGGACCAGGGUCCGCUGGACCUCAUCAUCCACAAACUGACCGACCUCAUCCUGGAAGCGGACCAGAACGAUUCACAAGCCGUGCUGCAGGUCCAGAGAGUACAGGACUACAUUGACGCACACCCUGAGACCAUCGUCCUGGAUCCUCUCCCUGCCAUCCGAACCCUGCUGGACCGCUGCAAGUCCUACCAGCUCGUCCACAGAAUAGAAAAGUGUAUGCAAGAUGAGAGGAUUUGCUCUCCUCCGUUCAUGGUCCUCAACACGGAGUGCACCCUGGACGUUCUGGAGCAGAUCAAGCUGCAGGGUCUCACAUUCCCCUUCAUUUGCAAAACUCGUGUGGCUCAUGGCACCAACUCCCAUGAGAUGACCAUUAUCUUCAGCGAAGAGGACCUGAAGAACGUGAAGCCUCCGUGUGUGAUCCAGAGCUUCAUCAACCACAACGCGGUGCUGUACAAGGUGUUUGUGGUUGGGGACUCCUACACUGUGGUGGAGAGACCCUCCCUGAAGAACUUCCCUGCUGGGCCUGCAGAAAGAAAAGCCAUUUUCUUCAACAGCCACAACGUCUCCAAACCCGAGUCGUCUUCGGACCUGACCUCGAGGGAGAACGUGGAGGGCGUGUCCCAGCCGCCCUGCGAUGAUGUCAUCAGGGAGCUGUCCAGGUCGCUGCGGCAGACGCUGGGCGUGUCUCUGUUCGGCAUCGACGUCAUCAUCAACAACCAGACGGGUCAGCACGCGGUCAUCGACAUCAACGCGUUUCCCGGUUAUGAAGGCGUUCCGGAGUUCUUCAACGACCUGCUGAGCCACAUCAGCGGCGUCCUGCAGAGCCACAACCCGGACAUCGUUCCCAGCGGAGAUCAGCCCAAAGGCCUGGCUGUGAGCGGCGCCGGCGCCGGCCCCCAGGCGCCGUGCUGCUGCUGCAGCAGCGUGCGCGGGAAGGAGCUGCAGAGACUGGGCUGCAACUCGGCCGUGUCGCCCAACUUCCAGCAGCACUGCGUCUCCACGAUAGCUACGAAGGCCUCCUCCCAGUGACUGAGCCCGGCCUGGCCCGGCCCGCUUGAUACCUGAGCAAAUCACAGUGGUGACAGUAAUAAUAAUAAUAAUAAUAAUAAUGAAGAUGAAUAAUAAUCAGAGUAAUUACGAUGUUAAUAAUGUAUCUAAUCAAAAAUAGGCCUUUUCCUCUGUGGUUACUGAAACUGUUGGUGAUUGGGUGUAAGCUUCUUUCCUCUCUGCCUUUUUGUACAUUUGGUUCUGUCCGAUGAGACUGUAUCAGUACUGUAAUGUGAACCUUUGGGAACCGAACGGCUGAGUUCAGUUUCACUGUAAAGAAAGAGUCCAGGCGAGGUAGCUAACGGCGGCUAACGGCCCGAUCCCGCCAAACGCUUAGACUGAAGCACAUCCGCAAUGCGACGGGUCGCGGUCCUGCGGGCCGCUGUCGGGUCAGAAGAAGGGAGUUCUUAUCGAAGUGCCAUGAAGUUAGUUUGAGAGAGAAGAGUUGGACAUCCGUGAUCACGUGACCAAGUUUGGUGGCGUUUCUGCAGCUGUUUGGCUCCAGAUGUUGAUUCUCUGCGACCACAUUCCCCGUUCUCCAUGUCUGCAAAGAAAUUCCAGGAUGGUUUCCGAUAUUCCAGUGGAUCGUCUCCUUAAACGAGCAUGUCACUUUAAAACAAUAAACUAAAAGAUUCGAGAUUUUCAAAGUGUGAGACGCCUGAGCACCUCAGAAAAAAUAUCCACAAACAUUUAGCCAACUUCACCAAGCCUAUGCUAGAGACAAAUGGGUAAAUAUUUAGUCCUAAAUCAGUUUGGUUUCUGGUGAUUAUUUACUGUUUGGAUGUUAAGAUGCUCCACUAUGGGGCAAUAAUCGGCUUAUGUAUUAUUCAUUUAUUUAUAAAUGUCAGUUUCAAACUAAAUAUUAAGUUAGGUGCUAAAUAUUUAGCUUCAAUUAAAUGUCUACUUAAUAUUUACCUUAAAGCAAAUAUUUAUUUUGCAAAUUAGAUAUUUAGCGUCAAUCUAGAUAUUUAGCUAGGAAGCUGAAUAUUUAACUUCAAACUAAAUAUUUAGGUUGAAACUAAACAUUUAGUUUGCAAGCUAAAUAUUGAGUUUGAAACAAAAUGUUUUGUUAGCGAAUCAUAUUUAGUGUGAACCAAAAUAUUUGAUUCAAACUAAUUAUUUAGAUUGAACCAAAUCUGGAUAUUUAGUUAAAUCUAAACUAAAUAUUUAGUUUGAAGCAAAAUAUUUAGUUAGCAAUCUGAAUACUUGAUGUAAAGCUGCAAUUAAAUUUGAAACUAAAUGUUUAACAUUUAGCUUAAAACAAAUAUUUAGGUAUUUGCCUUCAAACUAAAUAUUUAUAUGAAAAGCUUAAUAUUUAGCUUUUCAUAUAAAGGUAAAUAUGUGAAACAAAAUGUUUUGUUAGGGAAUCUAAAUAUUUAGUUGGCAAGCUAAAUAUUUAACUUAAUUUGAAGCUAGAUAUUUAGCUUCAGUCUAAAUAUUUUGAAUGAAGCUAAAUAUUUAGCACAGCCAAAAGUAUUUUGGUAUUUUAGCAGGUAAACCACCUCCAGUCAGAAACAGCAUCGAUGAAAUGGAGCAGUUUUCUAUUUGCUCUCACACUUUGAAAAUUUUUGGUCUGGAUGAUUUAAGGAAGAAUCUGUUUUCCUGUCGCUCAUCCUCUCCUGCAGAACUCCUGUCCGUCGCUUCGCUGAGCUCGGUUCUGACCCGGUUCCUCUUCCAGCUGCUGUAUCCGUAUGAAGGGAGGAGGUCCAGCUCUUGUUCCCAGUGUUCACUGUGAUUUUUUUUUUUUUACUCUGGUUUGUUUAUACUUUUGUCUUGACAUCUAAUGAGAGUAACUUUAUUUUAUUGAGAUUUUAUGGGAAAAUGUUUUAUAUAAAUAAACUGAGAGCAGUGA